AUGUCUUCUGCUGCCUGCAUCUUCUGCAAGAUCAUCAAGGGUGAUAUCCCUUCCUUCAAGCUCUUCGAGAGCGAUAAGGUCUUUGCCUUCCUCGAUAUCCAGCCGCUCAGCCGCGGCCACGCUCUCGUGAUCCCCAAGUUCCACGGCGCGAAGCUGACCGACAUCCCCGACGAGGACCUGGUCGAGAUUUUGCCCGUGGCGAAGAAGAUCGCCAAGGCCAGCGGUGCCGAGGACUUCAACAUCCUGCAGAACAAUGGACGCAUUGCCCACCAAGUCGUUGACCAUGUUCACUUCCACAUGAUCCCCAAGCCAAACGAGCAGGAGGGUAUGAGCAUCGGUUGGCCCACUAAGGAAACUGAGAUGGACAAGCUGAAGGCUCUGCAUGAAGAGAUCACGGCGAAGAUGUAA